AUGGCGUCAGAAUUCGUACCUGAGACACCCGAGAUCGGUUCCUUGACAGCACACUCAAACGAGGACAGCCAAUUCGUCGGCAGCUCCAGCGGCGUCUACUUCAUCAAGACAGUCAAGCGAGCAUUUAACGACCUAGAUGAGCGAGACUCAUCAGAGACAAACUUUCCCACAGCAGAAGAUACCCUAGUCGGUCCCGAGGACUCACCUCGCGAAAAGCGACAGCGCACUGCAUCAGUCAGAGACACCUCGACAACGGAAGUGGAGUCACCAACAGAAUGGACCUACGACCCAUCAUUAACAGAAGCCCUGGGAAAGCUACCACCCCCAGACAUGGCAAAGAGCCUCAUGAUGAUGUACUUCAAAAUCUGGCAUCCUCUCUUCCCAUUUCUGCAUGGUCCCACCUUCCUACAGGCAAUGGAGAAGAUAUACUCCACGAAUCAAAGUCCGCCUUCACAGCCCUCCUGCAUAGAUCACCGCAGUACAUGCUGGACAACAAUUUUCCAAUGCGUCUUCAACCUGGGGAGUCUCCUAGCACCAGAUUUGAAUCUACCAUCCGAGUCGAAGAUCCAAUCACCCGGCAGUAUCAACUCGCUUCUCGGGACACUCUCCUCUCGGCAUGAUAUUGCGUCGCUUCAAGCACUCCUGGCUAUACAAGUUUACCUUGUUGCCACUAUGUCACUGCGACAGGCAUCCACUGUUGGUAGCUGUGUACUACGCUCAAUGCUUCAUGCUGGUCUUCAUCGGUGUCCGUUUCGAUAUAAGCAACUCUCCACGCAUGAUCGUCAGUUACGAAAGCGCAUCUUUUGGUGCGGAUAUGCUAUUGAUCGGUAUCUGAGUCAGGCCCUGGGAUUACCGCUUGGUAUCCAGGAUUCUGAUAUCGAUGUUUGUCUACCUGCGGCGAGGGAGAUGCAUUCCCCUGGGGUGCAGGCAAACCAAGUGAGCUGUGGAAAGACGCUUGGCUCGACAUCCGGUGGAAAUGGACAUCCUGGAGGUGAUAAACGUCGAGCUUCACACUCCCAGUUUGGGAAUAGAGAAGACGACCACGGGAAAGAAGCCAUUCUCGCAAGCUAUGUCGAAUCCGGAACCCUCACAGGAAGAGCACUAGAACUCUUCCAUAAGUCGAUAUUGGUUCGAUCUGUGCGGCGGACUUCAGUCUUGUUCCUUGUGACGGAUGUGCACAAGUGGUGGAACGGCCUUCCACUCGAUCUCCAGCGAAACCAAUCAACAUCUGAUCAAACGGCAGGGUCUGGAAUGGUUGACAGUCCGUUUGAUUUUAGUCCCUUUUUCACCGUGUUAUAUCAGCAUCUCAUUCUGAUCAUUCACCGGCCUUCGUUGUCAUUGGAUCCGUCAACUGCGGAAUUUUGUUCUGGAUUGCAGACUUGCAUCGGAGCUGCUCGGUCUAUUCUUUCGGCACUGCGGUUGCAAGUGCAUAGUCGGCAAGCUUUGUUCUGGCCGGGAUUUUUAUCGGCUGCGUGGAUGUCAGGGUUGGUUUUGGCUUUGGCGUGCCAGUUGAAGCAAUAUGUCCUAGCCAAGGGACUUCAGGAAAUUCAUGAGUUUUCCGGGUUUCUACGUCUAAUGUCUGAUCAAUGGGAGACAGCCAAGCAUUGUCACAUGUCGCUCUCGGUGCUAGCUGCAAAGAUUAAAGAGUCAGAACACCGUGCCAAUUCAACAGCCAACCCCCACGUCUAUGCGCGAGGCGUCCCUGGAGAAGACUCCACGCUUAUGGAUUCUUUGAAUGCACGCGAAGAAAGAAGACGAAAACUAGGCGGUGCAUCGCAUUCGCAAGAAGACCACAGAUCCUCCACAGAGCCGAGCAAUUCAGAGCAAUGGGAUCGAAAAGUGCACCCAGACACAGACAUUGACAGGGUACAUUCGUUGGGCAGAGAGCAUGGCUUCACAGCUAUCCCGUCAGUCCUUGUUCAACCAUCAGACAUGAACGACCAAAGCCUUCUCACUGAUACGCCUUCUUCGACGCAAAUGAAUUUCCAGGAUACCCAACCUACUAAUUUUGAGGGAAUAUCAAACUUUGACUUGAACAUGGUCGACUUGUUCGAGGGAGCCAAUCUUGAUUCCCUUUUUGAUAUGCUUGGGCAGCAAUUUCCUAGUUUCUAG